CUGUGAAUUCCCAUCCAGAAUUUUAAUUUGUUUACAUUUUCUCUUCUAUCCUUAUUCAUGUCUGCUGCUCCUCUUUCAGAAACUUAAGCUUGCUUUUCAGCCUUUGGCACUUUCCCUGAAUUUCUGCAGCACGCAGCAUUUUUCUUUUGCGCUGUUAAUCUGUCAUGUCUUCAUGCUUCCCUCCCUUCCAUCUCUCACGUAAUGCUCUGAUAACAGAGAGUUGCAAAUAAUGGAUAUAUUUGUUUGCUCAGACAUAUCCACUCAGAAGGCUUGUUAAACACCAGAUAAGAGGUGCUCCACUUGGCUCAGCGGCGGCGGUGGCAGAUGAAUCUGUUUGAUAAAUAUGUCUAAUCAUUUACCCUCUUUUCUCCUCUUCCUCCCAGGAUUCUGAUGGAGAGAUGCGACAUGACGCCAGGUUAGCUUCUUUCACUUUUCGCCUCCUCUUCUCAUGGCAGUCACACCUACACCGCACCUUUCCUCCUCUCCUUCUCUCCAUCACUCCCAUUACCCCUCCUCUUCCUAUACACGCUUCCUCCUUCUCCAUUCAGUUUGCAGACCCCCCCCUCCUCUCUCAUUUUAUCCCUGCCUACCAGCCUGUCUCCAGUCAGAGCUGGAGGAGUCUGUUUUUUGAAAUGCACGCUGCUCCGAGGGGACGCACAGCCUCAUUGAAUGUAGUGAUCUUAUCUGCUGAAAAUGAGGCGAAAAGCAUAUAAACGGGUCAUCACAGAUAGCCAACAACUAUCUGCCUCCCCAGGCAAGACUUAAAGCUUUGACUAUUGGUUUGCGGUUAGAGUUCAUGCACGGCAUCAGCAUUCAGUCGACCAGCAACAGCAGCCGCGGCAGAGGCAGCGUCAAUACACUCAUGAGAGGGAAGGCGCAGAGAAAAAUAUGAAAAAGAUAUAUAUUGGCAAAACAGCCCUGAAAACCCAGAGAAAUGGUUGCAAACAUCCAAAAAGAAGCUCCCUCCACGACCACAAAGACGAUAUCCGCAAGCGCCUGUCCCACACGUCCCACAAGCUAGAGAUGGUGGAAACAGAGUUCGACUCCACUCGCCAGUACCUGGAGACAGAACUCCGCCGGGCUCAGGAGGAGCUGGAGAAAUUCACAGAGAAGCUGCGCAGGAUCCAAAGCAGCUAUGCAGCUAUUCAAAGGAUCAACCAGGAUCUGGAGGAAAAGAUGUGCAGAGCGUCCCAGCAUCACGAGGAGGAAAAGAGGGCCCUCAGCCGGGAAAUCAUUGUACUCAACAACCACCUCAUGGAGGCCAAGAUCACCAUUAAUAAACUCAGAGAGGACAACGACCUGUACAGAAAAGACUGCAACCUGGCAGCUCAGCUGCUGCAGUGCUCCAAGUCCCACUACAGAACGCACAAGUUAUCUGAGUUACCGCUUGACUUUCAAGAACGAAUCAGUUCCCACAUCGAGAAACAAAACCGAAGCAGAGGAGCCAAAAUGGGGGAGUGUCACACCAAGUACUCUGACACGGUCCCCACAUCUGUAAUAGCCAAGGUUCUGGAGAAGCCUGAGGCAGGGACCAGCGUCUCUGCAACCCGCUCUCCUAGCCCCCAGCACCAGAAUCAAGAUUUUCUCACAGGAACAGGAAGUACUGAUCAUUUGAACCGCCGUGCCGCAUACAAGACAUCUGACCUGUACUGCAGUGACACGGCCCUUUAUUGCCCUGAACGAUGGCAAGAAACAGAGCGCAGACAGAGCGUGGAUCUUCAUAAUACAGAUUUGCUACAGAUCCACGCACAGAACUCCAUGGACAGUAACCCAGAUGAUGAUCCUUUUCAGUCUGGAAGUUUCUCCCACGAGCCUCCGUCCCCCUUUCCCCCCCACGAUGAAUAUGGUGCUGGAAGUCUCCCUGCUUCUAGCUCCUACUCUAGCUUCAGUCUUGCAUCUGAUGAGAAGGGUGGAGUCAGUGGCGGGUGUGGACGUACUCUGAGCAGCACCUUAUCCUCUUCGCACCAGGGUCUCUACAUGGACUGGCGAAAUGGGGGCAGUGGUGACUACGAACGUAAAGGCACAAUGUCUUACGACAAAGACAGUCCGAGUUUUUCCAAAUCCCGCAGCAUCCAGCACAUGGUGACCUCCAGGAGCCCACUUAAGGGCACCUCCCCAUCCUACACAAGGACAGCUUCUUGCUUCAGUGAACCCUAUCACUCCAGCACCCCUCAUCUGACCUCGUCCCACAGCAUGGGGCCCAUUCCUGGGCUGGGUCAGGCUUGCGGAGGAGAUUUGGACAACCGAGACGAGGUUUCUGAAGACGAACUUAGCAACCGCUGGAGACAACUCAGUGUGGAGGACAUCAACACCUUCUCAUCUUCUUAUCGCAACAUUACAGGUCGGCUCUCUCCAUACAGUUUCUCUGAACACCAAUUUGAAAUGCGCCCCUCCAGUAAAGUCAAGGAUUCUCUUCAUAGCAGCUUCCAUGAAGGAGACGACGUCUUCCACAGCCGUGUGCUGGACCAGUGCUUUGCUAUGGGCCCCCCUUCACCCAGGCAUGGCCAAAAGGCUAAAGAACAUCGUAGCAAAGAGAAAAAGUCUAUGCUGUACAGAGCCAAGGAAGACAGUCAAGACUCCGAGUGUAGUCUGUUCCUAUCAGGGAGCUCUAGAGACAAAGAGGGCAGUGGAGGAGUGUCGGCAGCAAUUAGUGCCAAGAAGGACUACGUGAACCUGAGCGCGGACAGCUCAGCAGAGUCUCUACACCAAAGCUCGCUUGAAGCCUCCAGUCUGCAGCACUACCCCAGCCCCAGGCCUAGCAUUCGGCCCCGCCCAAGCUCCAGCUCUGCACUCAGUGUUGGGCCCGCACUCCCGAAGAAGAACUCUCCAAGAUACCAAAAAUUUGGCAGCACGGGAUUGACGAGGAAGGACAGUUUGACCAAGGCACAGCUCUACGGUACUCUCCUGAAUUGAGUAGAGGAGGAGAGCUUUUCAUUUUAUGCAUGACAACGAUAAUUCCUAACUGUACUGUACUGCACUAUGUCUCUGCAGCAAACAUACUUGUGAUGGGAUGCUGUUGUUCUUUUCUGUAUCUUAGCCAAGGCACGCGUCAUGAAGUCUACAACUUUUUUUUGUUGUUUGUCUUGUUACAGUGUAGCCUGACACCAGCUAUUCAGUCGGUUUGGUUUUUGUAAUUAGGUUUUUAAUUGGAGCCGAGAGAAUGAAACAGCCGAUCCUACAUGACAAUGCUAAUGCUAUUUGCUCUCUUUUGAUGUUGUGCACUGCAAGAAUAACCAGCAAAAGUCCAUUAAUUCCUGCUUUAAUGCAAACAAUAUUGAUAUGGGACUAAAGUGUCCAUAAUGGGAUGACUUAAUUGCCCAUAUUUUGGGGCGAAAAAAAAUCAUCCAUUAUGUGUAGUGAAAUGUCGACUGCAAGCUGUUAAGAGAUUUAUCCCUUCCUUUUUCUUGUGAAAAAACGCAUGUUGUAAAAUUCACACAAAUAUGACGAGGAGACACAUUUGCAGCCAGACUGUUGUUCAUUAAUGGUUAGUUCCACCUUUUAGCACAAAAGUCAGAAUUAAUUAAAAAACAGUUUUACAUUCCAUCUGAUAUUUCAUAAUAUCCACAAGCAAAAUGUGUUUUUCACACAUGAAUUACCUAAAUUUGAUUGACAAAUAUAACCUGGAUAACCAUUAAAAUUACUAGCUAAAAAAUCUAUUUGCAAUUAAAGUACAGAAUAAAUCAUGUUUACAAAGCAAUGUAAUAAAAUUCUUACAUAGAUAUAACUAAAAGUUAGUUUCCUGAGGGAAAAAUUUAAUAUUUCUUAGAUUUUGAUCAAAUAUGGAAAUGAACAAAUGCAGUUUAAUUACAGCAACAUGUAACAUAGUAAGUACACCAUUAUUUACUGUCCAAAAACUCAUUACAAACUUAAAAAAAAAACACAACAAUGCAAAAUAUAUCUUUAAUUCAACUUUUCUAUUUCUCUUUAGAAGCAAGAAUUUAAAAUUAGUUUUCUGCCUUCUACUUCAGUGAACAUUUGCUGCUUCUUUAAUACCUCACUUUUUGUUGUUUAAAGUUGUUACAGUUAAUAGUUUAUUCUCAGCUCUCAUAAGGUCUAACCAUAGCAUUUCCUUGGAGUUGAAGUCAGACUACACCACUGUAAUGCUACAUAAAUGCAGGUUCUUAACAUAGACCGUAGAAAACAACGGACAAAGUGAGGUGAUGACGUCAACCCUAGAAAAUGCCUUACCUUCGGCUCUUGCGAGAUCGGGCCAAAUCCGUCACCGUGGCUCCCUGAUACAUGCGCCGCCAUUUUGAAACCUGACAACAGUGAUUGUCUGGACUCGGUCUGAGUCACGUUUUUAGAAGAACUACCGUCAUCAAUCAUGAGAGAGCUUGUUCAAAGUCCACACCCCUUAUACUGAAAGCGGCUCGGGAGAAUCGUAUAUCUAAUGAGCUACUGGCACUGGACAUUAAAUAUUUCCUAAAAAAAAUGACAGUUGGAUUUUUGCAACAAAAAAAACAGUAAAGUCAUAAUUAAAAGACUACUGGGAACAAUUUUACAAAAGAAAAAAAUAUGGUUGGAAUAGGACUUUAAAAAUCUGCGUAGCAACGUGUGAACGCCUCCAUGCAUUCUAUGCAUUUACAUAGACUUUUCCUUGCAAGUGGUCGCCUGAACGCUUGUUUCUGAGCGCAGUGUGAACGUAGCAUUAGAGCUGAGGUCAGACUGCAUCACUCCAACAUUUCUGUUUGGCUUUACAUCUGCUUAGGAUUUGCUUACUUGCCUUUCAAUUGUUGCUAUGUGAAGUUUAAACAAAGCUUUAGCUCUGGUGACAGAAAUAUUCUAGUACAUAAAAGAGCUCUUGAUUGGCUAAUUGAUUUAGUCUUUUACCAACAAAACAAGCCCAAAUCAUGAUUCCGCCACCACCUUGCUGUUUAUGAGAAACUUGACUCAGCAAUAGUGCCACUUUGAACAUUAUUUCAUAUCCCAGAAAUUUAGUAAAUCUUGCUCAUCAAGUCUUAUUGCUCUUUUAGGACAUAAUGCUUUCCCUUUAGAGUAAAAAACAUUUCUGAAAUUUCUUUUAAAUGUAGUCUUUUUAUCCCUGUACUUUAAAAUUGGGGUAAUUUCUUUUGAAAAUGUCUACUAUUGGGGAAAAAACUAAAAGCGUUACAAAAUCCUACAUGAAUUGGCAGCACCUGAAUGCAAUCCAGAAUCCAGUAACAGCAGUUUUAGGGUAAACUACUAUUGCCUUCAUGUUUGUUCUCCUUUUUGGCCAACUUUGGGUUUUUAAUCAUAGUUGAAAGGUUGUAAUUGACCAACUUCUGAAAGUUGGUCAAAAAUACCACUUAUUUAUCAAAGCGGUACAAACUCUUGGUCAUGACUACGUGAGCUGUAAUGUUUUAUUUUACACAGCAAAGGCUUUUCAUAUUUUUGUACCAAAAGGGAUUAAUUUGGCGGCUGCACUGCACUGUAUUUAAAGUAGGACUCCUGCGAAUUUGCCUUAACCAUGUUCAGUGGACGAGAAAAUCGGCAACUACUAACCAUGUACAUACUGUAUAUCUAAAGUAGUAUUACUGUAUGUAAAAAAACACUAUUGGAAGUGUGUAUGUUGUCAGAUAAACACACACAAAUUGCACGAUAUGUGAAUACGUAUGCUGUUAUUUUCUCCAGAUUUGGUUUCAUGAAAGACGAAAGGAAAAAUACAGAAAAAAAAACUAAUUUUCUAAGCCCUGGAUGCACAAACCAAAAGCGUUUGUUUCUCUAGUUUUAUUAAGAGAUUGCUUAAAAAUAUAUAUAUCUGCUAGCAGUUUGUAAUUAUACGAAGUUAAAUAAAAGUGAACCAAAUUAUAAGAAAGUAACAGAUACAAACAAACCAGCAUGCCAAGUUAGGCGACAUCAAAUGAAUCACUGUGAAAGUUGAGUGAACGUGUGUAGAUGAUAGCAAAGGCAUGCUAACCUGAGACAAAGUGAAAACGCGAGUCGUGCUGCCCAGCAACCAUAAAAUGUUUCACUCUAUCAUAGAAGAGGAAAAUAAUGUUUUAGCAUCUUUUUAAGCAAAAGUUUAUGUGUAAAAAAGCACCAUAAAAGUCGUGACUGAUAAAAAGUAAAAAUCAAGAACGGAACGGAUAUUUUUUUUUUUGUUGUUGCAUACUUCUACCUCCUUCAUUUCCUCACAUGAGGUUGUUAUAAAAUUAAUUUCAAAUAUCCUUAAUGUCUUUUUUUUAUUAUAUAUAUAUAUAUAAUUGGGAAAACUAGUGAGAGAACCCCCAGUCCUUAUUUGCUACAAUCUGUGAAGCAGCUUUAGGAAGAAAUAGAUUUGAAAUGAAAUGUAAUGACUGUACAGAUGGAUUGAUAUUUUUGUGGUGCAAGAAUGGAAAUUAUACAAAUAGGGUUAUGAUACUACGUCUAUUUUUAUCUAGGUUCAGUUGAUGUUCUAUUUAUUGAAUGUUUUGACCCUGAAUGCGGUGGCUGAAGUGUGUUUUUCUGUCCUACCUCCAGCCCUGUUGUAGGACCAACAGGCUUGUCUAAGCGUCAACAUGUCUGUCUGUCUGUCUGUCUGUCUGAUGCAUGGUUGUAUAUUUUUGUUGUAUGCGUAUUUAUUUAAUAAAGAUGGGUGUUUGGAAAAAUACUGCAGACUUCCAAGAGCAUUUUUUUUUUCCAGAAACGGAUACUUAUAAAAGUUAGAUGAGGUUUUAACAGCAUUUUCUUGCUUUAUAUGUUGACAGUAUAAAAAAAACAUGAUUUGAAAUGUAGUUUUUAAUUAUUCUUGGGAUUCAUUUCAUUUUUCUAUUAAAAUACUUUUUUUUAAUUAUAUUUUUUAGUAGAUGAUCUUCCUAUGUCUUUAUUUCAGAGUGGCUCAGUUUCAGAAGAACCUAUAAACACUUUGACAAACGACGUCCUUCUUAUUUUGCAUUUUUCUUUGAGCAGCUAAUAUGAAAGAAAAACUUCCCAUCACUCUCAGUGAGAAGAUAAAAACAUUAAAAAGUGAUGUGCAUGCAGAAUGUUGAAAUGAAAAUGAAUGCUUUAAUUAAGAAAAUCAUUUGAGUUAUGUUUUUACUUUAGAUAAAAAGUAAUUCUUUCAGCAUUGAAGUAAAUGUUGAAUUUGUAGUUUCAAUUCAAUGCAGACUGUGACAAAGGGAUUCAACAUCAACAAAAGGACAAUAAAAAACUUAAUUGAACUUAAAUAAACUUUGAAAGAAUAAAAAAGUUAUCAUCAAAUGUGUCUGAGAAGAUGCUCGUCAUGUUUACAUUGUUUUAAUGGAGUUUUUGGUCCAGCGGCCAUCUUUCUCGUCUCCUUACGGAUCCAUCAGUGCCAGAUCUUGACUUCACCUGCCCAGUCGCAGGUGGCGGCGGUGGCAGGCAGGACAGGAUGCUGAGCAACACACAGGCAGGGCUUGCUGUGAGCCUGCAGGCUGUGCAGCAGACGAGCGCUGUGGAAGUCGUAGAAGUGGGUGGAGCCAGUGGAGCUGCCCGAGACCAGGAGGGUUCCAUCCUGAGAAAAUUCACAUUGUACAGCAUAUCCCUCCACCUGUAAGAAAGAAAAAAAAUACAAGAGUUUCAACAUGUCGGCAUAGA